AUGAAGGACGGCGUCCACCCUCGCUCCGCCGCCGAGGUUGUAUCCUCCUACGCCUGCAAGGUCGCCCAAAACCCUUGCUUUUAUCACUCUGGAGCGAGGAUGCCCGUCGCGAAAAAACUUUUAUUAGAAAAUAUUAAUCGCAACGAGAACCAAAACCGCGAAAACAACGAAGUCUCCGGCCCUUCCAGGCGUCCCAGCGCUGGGCUCGUGGUCGUGGUGCGCAGGGGAAUGGUGGUCUCGGCAAAAGGAGAGAUAAGAGAUAAAAUUAUGUUAGUGUUUUACUGUCUGAACCAGCCGAUCGCCCAGCUGACCAUCGACCAGCGCGCCUGCUCCGAGAAGGGCCUGGAGCUGAACUGGCCGGUUCUCGAGACCCUCGUGGCGCCGACCUCCAUCGUCCUCGAGGGCGCGCACGUCUUCUUCGCCAAACACAGCCCCGACCGCCAGUGGAACUCCAGCAUCGUUAGUCUGGAAUUCCACGGGUGUUCAUUCGGGUCGUUUCAGCCUCAUGCCUUCACCGGGCUGAAGCUCCUGGAGACGAUACGCAUUUCCCAGAGCUCCAUCGCCGACAUCCAGACCGGCACCUUCAGCAACCUCAAUGAGCUGCGUUUGAUUGAGAUCACAAACAGCUCUGUCGAGGAAAUACAGGAGAGGUCAUUCACAAAUCUGCCGGCGCUCGAGGACUUGGCUUUCACGUAUACAGACUUUGGGGAAAUCAGCAGCGAAGCUGUAGUCCUGCCGCGCCACUUCAGCGGAGACGGGGCUCGAUGCAACAAUGCGGGCAGAUCUGUAUCAUACGACGAGGACAUCCUUCAUGGAAUCAUAGGUCGCCAGCUGCCAUCCACAGAUGACCUGUCCCUCCCCGAUUUUGGCACGCGGUUUUUCCUCUUCAAGAACAAAAUUGACAAGAUUCGAACGCUUGCUAUCAACACCGAAGUCCUCAGUUUUCUCAUCGCCGGCGGAAACCACUUCGGCACCGUCGAGAAUGGAGCUUUCAGCAUGGAACUCUACAACGAAUGCGAGAUCAGCGCGGCCCUUUUCGUCGGCAACGUUUUCCAAAACCUAAAAUCAGAGGCGUUGGUUGGACUCCGAGGUCGCGACGGGGCCGCCAACCAGACCUUCAUUGCUCUGACCAACAACACUUUCCAUGGCGUGGAGGAAAGAGGCUUCAUGCUCUCAAGGAACCUCGUUAUCUUCACCGUGGAAGAAAAUCGAUUCCAUUGCGCUUGCGACGGCUUCGACUGGAUCCUAAGCAACGCAGAGUCCCAGUACCAGCGGGAAUUGGAAACGGAGCUGGUCCUGAAGGGAACCUGCUUGGAUGAGACAAAACUGAUUUCCUUUACGUCGCUGUGCACAGACGGCGGAGAAGAAACCACGACUGCCCAGCCCACGGACUCUACCCCAGACACCAAGAAAACGGACCAGAGCGGUGCACCUGCUUCAUCCGUGAUCGCCAUUGCCUCCAGCGUCCUGUCUUUCACCAUUUGCAUGCUCCUUGCGUAAACGGAUUUUUUAAGACUGAUUUCAUGCUUACUUUUCACUCAUCAUUCUGAAUUCAUGCACUCCAUCACUUAAAACGCGUUUAGAUACUUGUAAUGCAAGACACUGUGCUUGAAAAGCACUGUGAUAUACAUAUUUAUUACAAAUAAAAUAGAACGAUCAUC